AAUUCAUUUUACUAGGAUCUGCUUGGAUAACACUCUCAGCUCGCCACGUGUUACUGGUUCAAUCUAAGGGCUAUAAUGCUUACAACACAGAAAGCCUGAACUUCACUAACGAUCUCCAAAUAGUUCUUUAACGUCAGUGUUGAAUCGAACAAGAUCUCUACCCCUGGACUCCUCGCAUCUCCCUCUCUCUCUUCGCCCAAUUUCCUCCUUCCCCUCAUCAUCUAGUCGUGAACUGAAGCCGAGUCCGAUCUCUCGACUCCUCACUUAACUCUCAAGAUUUUUCAGAUGAUGGGGAAGACUCACACCGUGGCUUAGAGAAGAGAAAUGGGUUUAGCUUCACAUGGGAGAAACCUUGCAUUUCAGAUUGGUAAUCCAAAAUCAAGGCUUUUGAUUCGGGUCCACUACUGCAGUUAUAAAUCAGAGAGUAAAAAACAAGAGGAUGAUGAAACAGUGAGGGAAUUCUGUACCAUUCUGAAGCGAAGCAGAGAGUGGGAGUCCGUGUUGAGCUCAUCAGGGUUUCCCAAGAAGCUAAACCCUUGUGUGGUUCGAUCCGUUCUUCAACAACACCACCAGGUUGGUGACCCAGAAAGACUUUUAAGUUUCUUUGAUUGGUCUGGUGCCCAAUUGGGUGUGCUCCCAAAUUUGCAUUCUUUUUCGAUUAUGGCUGUUGUUUUGUGUAAUUCCAAGCUUUUUGGGCAUGCCCAUGGUGUGUUGGAGAGAAUGGUUAGGACCCGGAAGCCGGCUUUAGAAGUUUUGGAUUGUGUUGUUAGGUGUUUUAGAGAGUUUGAGGGGUCUGAUAUGGUGGUUUUUGAGAUUUUGAUUACUGUGUUUACGAUGGGGGGUUGGUUUUAUGAGGCUGCUGAUGUGUUUUUGGGUGUUAGGAGUGUUGGGAUUUCGCCGAGAUUGGAAUGCUGUAAUUCUCUGUUGAAUGAGUUGUUGAAGGGUAAUAGGAUGAGGCUGUUCUGGAAAGUGUAUGAUGGGAUGUUAGAGGCUAAGAUUGAGCUGGAUUUUUACACUUAUAGCAAUGUGAUCAACGCACUUUGUAAGUUUGGGGAUGUUAGGCAGGGUAAGAGGCUACUGUUUGAGAUGGUAGAGAAGGGCUGUAAUCCGAAUUUGAGUACCUUCAAUGUGGUGAUUGAUGGAUUGUGUAGAAGUAGGGCUGUUCAUGAAGCCAUUGAGUUGAAAAAAUCGAUGGUUGAGAAGGGAUUGACACCUGAUAGGUAUACAUAUUCAAUACUAAUUGAUGGAUUGUGCAGACAGAAGAGAUCAGAAGAAGCAAAGUUGGUAUUGAACGAGAUGUAUGAUAUAGGUUUGAAUCCUGACCGCACCUUGUACAUUGCUUUGAUUGAUGGAUUCUUGAAAGAAAAUAACGUGGAUAAGGCCCUUAGGAUCAAAGAAGAGAUGGUCGCUCGAGGAGUUAAGUUGUGCGGUGUCACAUAUAAUGUGAUUUUUGCAGGGAUCUGUAAAAUAGGUAAGAUGGAGAAGGCAGAAUCUCUUUUGAAUGAGAUGAAUGCUAUGGGAAUUGAACCUAAUACCCAGACAUAUAACUAUUUAAUUGAUGGGUACUGUCGGGAGCAAAAUGUAAACAAGGCUUAUGCAUUACUUAAUGAGAUGAAGCAAAGGCUGUAAGUUAUGGGGUGAGGAGUCAAUUAAUAACAUCAUCUUGUAGUUUCUAUGUAUGAAAAGGUUGUGCAGGACUCCAAUUUGGAGUGAAUUAAUAUGAAAAGUUUCUGUGUAUGAAGAAAUUCUGCAGAGUAUAUGAGAAUUUCAUUUUUUAUCUUAA